GCUUCGCACGUUUGUCUGCAGUUUGGAAAGUAAGGCAGAUAGCAAAUCGAACACAAUCAACAAUCAGGCGGCAUCCGAUAUCGGUACAAAAAUAAAAACACGGUUUGCUACAAUCCUACAGGAUGGCGUUUCGCGUACUGUUUGGGAUACUGUGUCUGGGAGCCCAGGCAUUCCUAAGCUUGCACGGAACAUCCAGUGGAACAGACGAAGCUAGCCAGAUCGCUGCUCAACAUGUGGGCGAAAACUGUGAACAUCACACAACUACAACAAGCCAGUUUGAGGAAUACUUCGACAUUGAUCGCAUCGGCAACAAUCGCACGGAGCAGAAUGUCGUCGACUUCACACUAUUUGUGCAGGUGCGUAACAUGCAGGAAGAGUUAGCGAUCCUGCUGUCCGCUAGCAAUCGAUCACGUCAGCAUCCGGACUAUGGGCGAACGUACGAGGUACGUAUCAGCAACGUGUACACCGUCAUCUACAAGGAAACGCUCCGGAUGUCCGCCCACCACAGUCACAAUUUCAACUUCUUCCCGGGUGAACAAUUUCGGCUGCGCAUCCAAAUAACACGCGCCGGUCAUAUUACUGUCUCCAUACCGGGUCUUCAGAAAUCUCUCAUCCUUACCGUGCAUGACGAACGUCCACCGAUCGAGGUAUCGUACAUCAGCUUCGGAUCACGCAUGAACGCGUAUCCGGUGACGUUCUACUUUCGCUGUGUAGAUGCAGCGCUAGCUGCGACGAUGGCACGCAAACAACCGGCCGAAACCGUUGACGGUUCCGAGUCGGAUUCAGCUGGCGGUUUACCAGGAGAUCAGCAAACCUCCUUACCUUCCCAGCCGAUGAACGACGCGGAGGAGGAUGUGGCGCGACAACCAACAGAGGAAGACGACCACGAUGAGCCGGACGAGGAAGCAGGCGAUGUUGGUGGUGGUGGUGGUGAGAGCAAUCGCCAAAGACAAACCACAUCCGGUGAUCAGUCCACAAAAUGUCCCGUCUGUCCAAAGCCGGAAAAAUGUGAAGUUAUCGUAAAAGCGUGCUCGGACACUUCCAAGGAUUUAUUGAUGCAAGCAUCCGGUACGGAUAGUGAAAAGCAGAAGUAUUUCUUCUACUUUAAUGUUUACCUAAGCAGCAAGAACGAGAAAGGCGGCAAGGUACCAAUUGCCGACGCCACCAAUCAGAUCGCAUAGAUCGUGGAGCUUCCCAGGAAUACACCUCACAUAUCGGAUCCUUGAGAAAUGCGUAAUCCAGUUUUUUCUCGGGCCAGGCACAGCAAGAGAUGCAAUUUUUAAUCUAAUUCUAUUUAAAUCCUGUUAAGAUUGUUUUUUUGUACACAAACUUGCGCCAGUGUCGCAAGGAGUGCUGGCGAGAUCUCCCACACACACACAUUCCACGGGGUUUUUAGCAGUAAAUUAAUGAGGAGGGCUAGAAUUGAUGACAGUAUAUUUCACAAUAAAACCUAUCGAGCAUUUGCAGCCAUGAUCA